CUUAUAUAACACCAAAAUUCUCUCCUCUCCCACACCACAUUCUCUCUCUCUCAUUUUGGGUCUUCUCCAUUCUCCUCUCUUCUUCACUCUUGUUCCAUAUUCUUUUUUUGGCUCCGAAAUGGCAGCUUGCUUUGCUUUUUCCAAGGCCAUUUUCCGACUUCUGGCAGUGCUGGCAGUCCUCUUCUUGGCUUCUGCCUCUGCCUCAAGGGCUCCUGCUGCUUCACCGCUAGCUGCUCCUGCUCCUGCUCCUGUUCCUGUUCCCACUAGUGAUGGGACUUCAAUAGAUCAGGGGAUUGCGUAUGUGCUGAUGCUCGUGGCUUUGGUGCUCACAUAUCUCAUUCAUCCUUUGGAUGCAUCAUCCUACAACUUCUUUUGAGUUUGAUUCUUUUUUUUUUUUUUUUUUUUUAGGUUUAGAAAUGGGGAUUUGUAGGAGAAGGGGGAAAUGAAAAAAAAAAAAAAUUGGUGAUGGGUUUUUAUUCUUUUGGUUCCUUUAUUUAUGAGUUGUUCGAGAAUUAUGGUUGUGGAUAUAUGGUUUAGAGGAAUUCAUGAAUGGCAGUAUUUGGGGGAUGAGUUUUAGUUUAUGUUAUUAUUGUUUGUUAAAUUAUUCUUUGCUUUCA